AUGCAAAAGAGGGACAAGACGAAGCAAAAUGGAAACGUCUUUAGCUAUAAUUUAUGUGUACUGUUUUGCUCUGCAGCAUGUUCGAAUUCGGGGACUCGGCGCCGGCCCGCCAUCCUUUCGGCUUUGUCUGGAACUAUCAAGAGCCCAGGGUUUCCUGACAACUACCCAUCUCCAUCCACCUGCAGGUGGAAGAUCCUGGUUCCCGCCGGCAAGCGGAUUCGUCUCGUCUUCAACUCUUUCAACGUGGAAAAACAAGCGGAUUGCACCUACGACUACCUCCAGAUCCAUGAUGGAGGUGCCGACUCCGCCCGAUCCAUGGGGAGAUUUUGUGGGGAAAACGUUCCAGAACCACUGAUCACUUCUGGGAACAUGGCGUUUCUUUAUUUCAAGUAUGGGGCGACUUUAAGGAUUAUGUACUAG